CUCGAAGGGUUGUUUUGAACCCGCUUCUUCGAAAGAAUAAGCAAAUAUUACUGUCUUACCUAUACAACUUGAUUUCAUAAUUUUUUAUCGUUCUCUAAAACUUCGUCAUUUUACGAAAUAUCUAAUUUUACCACGAUUUUUAUUGAAACUUUUACUUAUUACUUUACAGUUAUAAACAUGGAUAACUUCACUCCUUUCAAUGGACAGCCGCCGUCCAACGGCUCCGGAUCCCAAGGUGAUGGUGGUUCGCAAGGCGGCAUGCCUCCAAUGCCACCUAACGGACAGGGCGGCGGUGAUAAUGCCGGUAGCUUCCAGGGUGGCGACGCCUCCCGCCAGACUCUCUGGAUGGGUGAACUUGCCGGUUGGAUGGACGAGCAGUUCAUCCGCUCGAUUUUCCUGUCCAGCAUGAACGAGAAUGUCCAGGUGAAGAUCAUCCGCGACCGCCACUCCGGUAACGCCGGCUAUUGUUUCGUGGAGUUUUCCACCCCUGAGGCUGCUGCAAAGGCCCUGCAGCUCAAUGGAUCUCCAGUUCCUAACACCGAUCGUGUCUUCCGCUUGAACUGGGCUUCUGGUGGUGGACUAGUCGAUCGUCGUGACGAUCGCAGUCCGGAGUAUUCCAUUUUCGUCGGCGAUCUCGGUCAUGAAGUCAAUGAAUUUGUCCUGGUUGCUCUUUUUCAGGCACGCUUCCCGUCGUGCAAGUCUGCCAAGAUUAUGACCGACCAGCAGACUGGUCAAUCUCGCGGCUACGGCUUCGUACGUUUCAGCAACGAACAAGACCAGCAACGUGCUCUCGUAGAGAUGCAAGGUGUUUACUGCGGCAAUAGACCCAUGCGAGGUGGCCAAUUUCAGCAAUUCGGCGGUCAGCAGAUGAUGCCACCCGCCGCCGUUCCCCCACAGGGCAUGGGCGCCCCGUGGAUGCAGCAACAGCAACAACAACCACAGGCCUUCGGUGGCUACCAACAACAGCAGCCUGGUGGAGCUGGUUUCAACCCAAUGGUGAUGAACCAAUUCACCGACCCGAAUAACACCACCGUCUUCGUUGGUGGUCUCUCUGGCUACGUAACUGAGGAUGAGCUCCGUUCAUUCUUCCAGGGCUUCGGCGAAAUCACCUAUGUCAAGAUUCCUCCUGGCAAGGGUUGCGGGUUCGUGCAAUUUGUGCACAGACACGCUGCCGAGAUGGCUAUCAAUCAAAUGCAGGGCUACCCUAUCGGUAACUCUCGCGUCCGUCUCUCCUGGGGCCGCUCGCAGAACAACUCUGGUUAAAUGCUUUCUCGCAUCGCAUUCCGGCGUCCAGCGUUC